AUGGCGUCCGUCGACCCCGCCCACAACCAGUCCCCCUAUACCCAGGAAAAGGCCAGCUCCUCAGGGAGCGAGGUCAAGGGCUACGACAACGAUGGCGUUGCUAAAACCACGCCUUUCCAGGAGGAGCAGAAUCCCGAGGAGCGCCAGCUCCACCGUGCCCUCAAGGGUCGUCAGAUCUCGAUGAUUGCUAUCGGCGGUGCACUCGGCACGGGUCUCAUCAUCGGUACCGGAACUGGUCUGGCCAACGGUGGCCCAGGCUCGAUUCUCAUCUCGUAUACCGUCAUGGGUUUCUGCUGUGCCGCCGUCAUGUCUGCGCUCGGUGAGAUGUCGACCUACAUGCCUCAUCCCCGUGGUUUCGCUGGACACGCUACUCGAUUCGUUAGCGACGAGUUUGGUGUCGCUACUGGAUACAACUACCUCUUCAAGUACCUUGUCGUGACCGCCAACAACAUUAAUGCUGCUGCGCUUGUCAUUUCGUUUUGGACGCAAGGCCAGAACCUCUCUGGCGGUAUCUGGAUCGCCAUCGUCACCGUUCUCAUCAUCGCUCUUAACUUCGGAGGUCCCAAGUGGUUCGGUGAAGUCGAGUUCUGGCUUUCGCUGGUCAAAAUCAUCACCAUGACCGGCUUGAUCGUUCUUUUGCUUGUCAUCGACCUUGGUGGCUCCCCUACUGGAGACCGCAUCGGAUUCCGCAACUUCCAAGACGGCCUCGCCUUCCGUUCCUACCCUCGAACCACCGGAUCUAAAGGCAUGUUCCUCGGAUGGUGGAGCACGACUGUCACAGCCCUCUUUGCCUACACUGGCACUGAGAUCGUAGGAGUCACCGUAGGAGAGGCCGCCAACCCACGCAAGUCGGUUCCCUCGGCCAUCAAGAAGACCUUCUUCCGUAUCGCAUUUUUCUAUAUCAUCGGGGCUCUUCUUAUCGGCAUGGUGGUUCCGUCCAACGCUCCCGAGCUUCUGGCUGCUAACCGACGUGGAACGUCGGCUGCUGCCUCUCCCUUCGUGGUCGCAAUCGUUCGAGCUAGGAUCCGCGUUCUCCCGGACAUUAUCAACGCAGCUAUCCUUAUUUUCUGCAUUUCCGCCGCCAACUCGGACCAGUACAUCGCCGCACGAACGCUCUACGGUCUUGCGAUUGACGGCAAGGCACCCCGAAUCUUCCGCCGUGUCGACAAGCGCGGUGUUCCUUACGUCGCUCUCUCGGUGACUGCGCUCUUCUGCGGCCUUGCUUUCAUCAACCUUGCCUCGGGCGGUCCUCAGACCUUCUCGUACCUCGUUGCGUCGGUGACCAUGUUCGGUGGUCUCACUUGGAUCUGCAUCCUCAUCUCGCACAUUCGCUUCAUGAAGGCGAUGAAGGCGCAGGGCAUGGCGCGAGAGUCGCUCCCUUGGCAGGCGCCUCUGCAGCCGUAUGCGUCGUACUUUGCCGUCGUCUUCACCUCGAUCGUCGUCCUGUUCAAGGGCUGGAACGCGUUCCUGUUCACGUUCAACUGGCGCACGUUCGUGACCAACUACAUUGGUCUGCCCAUCUUCUUCAUGAUUUUGAUCGGAUGGAAGCUGUGGCACAAGACCAAGAUCCUCGCGCCCACCGAGGUGGAUCUGCUGACCGACGUCAGGGAGUUCGACGAGCAGGACGAGUUGAUCUGGAAGGCCGACGAGGAGCGUGCCAAGGCCGAGAUUCACAACGCUCCCGUUUACAAGAAGGCUUGGGUGUACGCUAAGAACUGGUAG